AGAUCUAAUAUUUGACAAACACAAAAUUAAUUAAUUUCUAUUGCAAUUUCUCACAUCUCACUAUAUUUCGGUUCGUUGUGAUUCCAGAUUCAGAUAAUCCUCAUAGCAUUUCUCUAAAAACACUCUAAACGCCCUUCAAAAAAAGUUAGCCGAUAUGUUGGUUUUAGUUCUUGGCGAUUUACACAUACCGCAUCGAUGCAGUAGCUUGCCACCGAAAUUUAAGAAACUUCUUGUACCGGGAAGGAUUCAUCAUAUUCUAUGUACUGGGAACUUAUGCACCAAGGAAUCAUUUGAUUAUUUAAAAACUUUGGCUAAUGAUGUUCAUAUUGUCCGUGGCGAUUUUGAUGAGAAUCUCAACUAUCCAGAACAAAAAAUUGUCACUGUUGGGCAAUUCCGUAUUGGACUAUCACAUGGACAUCAGGUUGUUCCAAGAGGAGAUCCGGAAGCUUUAGCACUGAUUCAACGUCAACUAGAUGUUGACAUACUUAUUUCGGGACAUACUCAUAAGUUUGAAGCCUACGAGCAUGGCAAUAAGUUUUAUAUCAAUCCAGGUUCAGCAACGGGAGCAUUCAAUCCCUUGGAUACAUCCGUCAUUCCGUCAUUUCUUCUCAUGGACAUACAAAGUACAACUGUUGUCACAUAUGUGUACCAAUUGAUUGGAGAUGAAGUCAAAGUCGAGCGGAUAGAAUAUAAGAAAAGUUAAUUUUUUGUAAUUAAAGAUAUUUAGUUUAUGUUUUAAUCCUAUUAUGUACUAUCGUUCUUGGAAUCCUUAUUAAAAAAAAAUAUAUACAUACCAACCAUA